AAUUCAAGUUGGAGCCCGAAAGUUAUCAAAUUGGCCACAAUCAAACAAUGGCGAUCCAUCAUCCGAUGUGCUACUACAACUUUACGUGCCGACCGGUGUUCAUUGGCAUCAUGGUUCCGGUUGACUGGGCCGUUCCAAUGUAUGGGUAUAUGAUGCCUUUCAUUGUUACACUCACGGUGGCAACAAAUAGUUUUAUUGUGGUUGUUCUUUCGCACAAAUACCUGCGGACGCCAACAAAUUACGUGCUGUUGGCAAUGGCGGUGACGGAGCUGCUAACAGGGCUGUCAUGUUUGCCAUGGUUCACGUACUAUUAUACUUUAUCAGGAUACAAAAACGAUUUACAAACCGGGUUGCCCAGCUUCUGGUGUGACAUGAUACCCUACAUGGCGGCAUUUUUACCGUCAAUAUUUCAUACAAUGGCAAUCUGGCUGACAGUAUAUCUAGCCAUUCAACGAUACAUUUAUAUAUGCGUUCCGUCGCUAGUUCGCAAGUUUUGCACCAUUCAUAGAAGUAAACAAGUUAUAUUUUUCAUAAUAUCAGUUGCUACAAUUAUGUACACACCUGACCUCAUGGCAUUCCAUAAUAAAAGCCACGAUGUGUUUGACAGCAAGAGAAAUCGAACUAUGAAGCUUUGCUAUCGACAUCGUGCUCCAUUCAUGUUGAAACUCGGUGAUGACAUUUACUACAAAGUGAUGUUCACAACACAAACCGUCGCCGUUCAUCUCAUCCCGUCUGUGCUGCUUGUCAUUUUCACAUGGAAACUGGUGGGCGCCAUUAGGGUGGCAGACCGCCGUCACGCCAAUCUUCUCUCCAAGUAUUCCACGACGACUCGUUCGACGCGACGAAAGUUCUCCGAGCUGACGAAUUCGUCGGAGAACGAAAAUAAAAUAACUCGAUUGUUCAAGCAGCGCGACAGCGUCAGUGUGGGUAACGAACCUCGUCGAGCUCAUGGAUUGAAGCAGAAUACGCGGAUGCUGGUGGUGGUGAUCCUGCUAUUCCUGAUCACUGAAAUACCAGCUGCAUUAAUUUUUACAAUUCAUGUGUUGUCAGUGUCUCUGAAGUUCAGCUUUGUAGACUAUCAGUUCCUGAAUAUUCUACUCAUAGUCAGAAACGUCUUGAUUGUGGUGUCCUACCCAUUCCGCUUUGCGAUCUACUGUGGAAUGUCCCAACAGUUCCGAGAUGUCGUACGACAAAUGUUCACUGGAAAAAUGCUCACUCAUGCGAUCCGAGAUAAGGAUAACUCAACAACAAUGCAGCUUGUCCAAGGUGUCACUGAUCACAGUGAUGAUAAACGUCAAUCGGUUGUUUUGUGCUCGGCAAACGGAACAUUGGUGUCUAGCGUUCCAGAGGAGCGGGCGAAGAAAGACAAGGCCGUUCAAUGCAAUCCUGACGUUUUCGAUGAGGAGAUUGAGGUUCCAUUCGACCCAUUCCUUGCAGAUCUUGCCAUUAUUGUCGAAGGACACGAUUCACCCAAGCGAUUUAAAAACUCAGAUUCCACAUUUGAUUGCUCAACACAAUGUAGUACCGAAAUGGACAAUCACAUGUUCAUCAAGCGGAAAAGUUCACUUUUGCGGGCAGCGCUGCGAAAAAAUCAACAAUUAUCAGCGAUGAUGGCUCGUGUUUCUUCUUAGUCUCACAUCAAAUUGGUCUCAAUCGGGUUUCAUUUAAUUUUUCUUCAAACAAUUCACAUUGAAUUUUUUGAAUUUUUCUUUUUCUGCUCCAUUCCCACCCCACACAAAAAUCAUUUCAUUUUUUAUAAAUUGUACAAGUGACACUAGAUAUAUGUACUACAUAUGUAUGACAAAAAUUGAAUUUUCAAUUAUUAUUAUUAUUAUUAAUAAAGCUUGUGUUGUCUCCACAGACAAUGAAUCAAUGAA